AUGUCAGCCUUGACGAACAAUGUCGAUUCGGGGAGGUCGAUAGAAAGGAAACGAAGGGAUGGAAGGAAUGACAAGUGUUGGAGAGAAAGUCGGCUAGGUGGCGGUGCUGCUCUCGAUGUCGAACGGACAAGUUCGCCAAACCUGGACGAUGGUGUUGCGCUCAGCCGCAACGAAGUCAGGGUAUCACCAAAACGGUUUCCCAGAAGUUCACAAAAUCUUCGCCACUCUGCAGCAUUAGGAGGGUCUUCGAUGACAAGUCCGAGUUGCGUUAAAGGGCUCGAUAUCUGCGCCAGAAACAGGACAAUGUUCCCCACUUGUCCGGUCAGGUGGAGUUGCGUCAGCGCAGGGAAAACACUGCUGGUCGACUUCGUCCUCGGCAGAGAACACGCCGCUAUCGGAAUGGGACUCGAUCGAAUCAGAUUUUCCCAACAGAUCGAGCUGGAAGCUUUUCAGGCGAGGCAAGUGAGCGACCCAUCUGCCGACAUUGGUGGCCAAUGCUCCGGGCGCAAGGAGAGCCAAUCGUUCCAAGCCGUCUUGAGCUUGCAUCAUUUUGGUUCUACCUCCAACAUCCGCAAGAAAAGCAGGCAGUGUCGGAAACCUAUUCCCACCUACGCCCAGAUGAACCACGAGUCCUUGGAGCUCAGGCGACAAAAAGAGGGCCGCGCGGUCAAGGUUCUCGGGAGUGGUGAUUCUCCAAGUGAGUUGCUGAAGGUUAGGGAGAAUAUAUGUGCGUGGCCGGAGCUCUUCGAAGAUCGGGAAAAUGGUGGCGGAAACAUUGUUCGAAAUUUCGUCUCGCCCUCGGUGGGAGGCGUUGCCUAUGGCUUCUUCCCCCUCUUGAACAAAGCGGUUGGGAAUAACCCGAGGAGCGGAAUAAACGAGUCUAAUGUGAUUUCAAGCGUUCAACGCCGGGUCAAGCCAAGCAUGGCAAGUUUGAGCCAGCUUUAA